GAGGUGCACACGGUAAAUCUGCGUGGAGUAAAAGAGGAAGAAGCCCAGGCCCUGAUUCACCUGUGGACGGGAAUGAACAAACAGGCGAAAAGGAAGAUAAGGAACAAACUUGUCACAAGUGUUAUCGCGAUUUAACGCCUCAAGUUCUGCUCUCGUUUUCCACCUCGACUGCAAGAAUCCCUCUCUGUCUCUCUCUCUUUCUCUCUCUCUUCACUUUUAUCUCUGUUAAACGUCACUCUGUCAGCCCUCGGGGGAGCUCAGCUUGAAUCUGGAGAGGAGGGAUUCCAGAAAUCACUUUUAAUACCCGCCCUGCAGGAGGAAGCUACAUCUUCAAAAGCUCCAUCCAUUCUUCCUCCUCAGAUAUCUCCAUUAUGACCUUACUGGCAUCUGAGAGGUCGUUGCUCAUCCGCAAUAAGUUCCGCUCCGUUCUGCAAUUGAGAAUUCAGAAUCGCAGAGAGCAAAAUGAACUCAAUGCAGUUACUGCAACAAAGACUGCCCCUGACAAAGUUGGGGGAAAAGACGUCAGCAAUGGCACGCACAAGACAAAGAAUGGCACUGCUCAGAAGUCACCCCCUAGUGGCAUAACAGCUCAAACUGCACCAGACAGGGGUUAUGGUGCUGUUCACAGGCAGAAGAAGGCUCGCCUGGCUGAAGAUCUGAGUGAGAAAAUCCAGAGACGACCUGGAACACUUGAACUCCUGCAGAGGCUGCCUCUAGAGAACACUCCUUCGUUGCCAUCAGAUGUCUUUGAAGAUGACCGCUCCUCCUCUUCCUCUGCAUCUCCCGAGCAACUCGGGAUGCACCAGUCGCCUUGCUUCUCAUCAUCACCUGAGCUAGCCGGUGACCAGUCACUUAGUGAUGUGUCACCUGUUGCUACACCCAUCAGCCCAAACAGUGUACAGUGUAGGUUGGCAUUGCUCCCGGCAACCGAGUGCAUCAGCCAACAAAUGACCAUGAAAGUAACAGGGUCAAACCCUAUAUCAAACACUGGGAGACCCAAAGGGAUGCACAUGCCCUCCCAGUCCCCACCACUGCUGCCAAAGACAGCGCAGCCUUCGGCUCCGCCUUCUCAUUCCAUUCUGGGUGGGUCCUUAACCUCAUCCCGCCCACCUCGCCCACGAAAGCCUCGUGAUUCAAAACCCAAAAUGAGGAAGCUGAAAUACCAUCAGUACAUUCCCCCUGAUCAAAGGGUUGGGACCGGAGGCGGGGCUGGGAACACCUCGCAAAAGAAUAACAACAGUCAAACUCCGCAAACUGAUACUUCUUAUUCCCAACUUAUGGAGCAACAGCAGGUGUUCCUACAACUGCAAAUACUUAACCAGCAACAACAGCUCAAUGUGACAAACAGUGAGAAUCAGGUGAAGCUUUCUGGAACCACACCUCAAAGCUCCCCUCAGUCUGGAACCCCAUCAACAAACCCCUCAACCCCUGAUACAAGUCCCAUCCACCAGGCUGAGUUACUCCCAACCAACCUCGAUGACCUAACAGUUUCGGUACUCCGUCAGCAGUUGAGACAACGUGGACUUCCUGUUUCUGGCACCAAACCUGCAUUGCUAGAGAGACUCCGCCCUUUCCAGAUACCUCGCCCCACAUUAACUCCUGCUCCAUUUUGCCAGCUUAGAGCCACCCUAAAACUCUCUCACCCUGACAGCCUCAGCAUGAUCCCCAACAGUGUAGACACCUCCGCGAGCCCAACUCAGAUGUUCACACAUCCCUCUGGUUUAGCAGAACAAAGCUUGGCUAGUGAUAGUUACCUCACUUCUUCUUCUGCUGGCUCAAGCCCCAGCUUACAUACAUCUUCCUCUCCAAUGCACUCGGGUGCCACGUGGAGGCCAGGCCAGGCAGUCACUGAGCUUAAUAUGGAGCUAGAAAUGCGAGAGAGAAUGAGGAGCAGACAAAGAGAAGGAGCAGAAGACACCCAGCCAGGGGGUGGUUCCCUGCAUCCGUUCCUGCAACAGGACUCAGGAUGCAACAGAGGAUCACCAGACACAGGUGGACAGGAAAUGCACUUUGCAUACUCCAGUGAAAAUGGGAAAGUAAACUGCUAUAAGCUCCUCGAUGUGAUUGGUCGUGACUUUGAUUUGCCCAUGCAAAUAACAGCUAGUCCUGCACAAGCCUCGCCAACCGUUCGCAGUUUAGAGGAGGAGCUCCAGGAGGCUAUUCAAAGAGUGCAGAUGGACCCUGCUCAAUCCAUAGAUGACAUUCUCGAAGAUAAUAUUGGUUGUACAGAUAACACUUCUCCCAUCACAGAUCUCCAAUCAACAACUACUGUCCUUUCAGGCUCCUCCCCUGCCCAGCAGCUCGACCUAUUACAGUCCGCCAAAUGUCAAAAAGAUGACAACUUCCUUUCCUCUCCUCUGUGCUCCUCGCUUCUUCUGGAGCUUCCUCCUUCGCCUAGCAACGUUCCACCCCUCGCUUCAACCCCAGCUCCGCUUCCUCCUCCUCCAAUCUGCACCACUCCACCAUCCAAAUCAAGAAAGAGAAGGUCAGAGGUUCCCGCUUUUGACCCUGCCGAUUGGCUAGAGUCUUUAACCUCCGGCCUACACCCGCCCACACCCCCCACUGCUCCAUUUCUGGAGAGCGACUUUGGCCUUGACUCAGACCUUAACGUCAACAGAGUUCUCGACCUGAUGGUGGAGCAGUGGUGAGGAAAGGGCUAAGUGUGCGUCCGUAUGUGCGUAUGUCUAAUUAGAUGCAUGAUUGGAAAUUAACCACCUUUCAAAACGCGCACCCCAGAGAGGUGACCCUCAUAUCCUCUCGUUCACUCUUCCAUUUCUGCAUCCAUCUAUCUCUGUCAACCGAUGUGACCAAACAGACCUGACUGGUUAUGACUGCUAAGCUCUACUCCACGCAAUGUCGAGAGAAAGAGACGAGAGAGAAAAAUGGAGAGAAAGAUGCUUUGGUACAUUGUUCGUAAAGAUCCAAAAAUCUUUGAGCAUGUGCACAUACACCACACUUUCACUAUGACUUGUAUUUUUUAUAAAAGCAUACAAACCAAAAAUAAACACAAAAAAGCGGGUUUCCCCGCUGGUUUGCCUCUUGCCUCAUUGCCAGACAAAGUGUCGGCAUGUGGCAACCGCGCGGAGCAGCGGGAGCAUCAAACAAUCUGUGUGUUUUUGUAGGGAAGUGUAUGCGCUCCCUGCGUGUGUGACUAUGCUUUUCUUGGCUGCUUUAACACUAUGUGUUGUUUGUGAUGGCAUCUUUCAAUGCAACAUAAUUCAGGUGCCUAAAAGCACCCAAAUGCACUUGUUUCUGUUUAUACUGGUGUACAUUUUUUCUUCUGUUACUUUCAGUUACACAAUGCUAGCAUCAAUGGAUAAUCAGCGUUAUUUGAACUGAAAAGCAUGGGCAAACCUUUGAGGGCAGAAAAACCUUUACUAGGCACCGAUAAUGCAAACAAAUACUGGCCAACACCGAAUGUAAUUAAAUAGGAAAUUUUUGCUUGUUUUGAGUAGAUUUAUCUCUCCUAUCCAAACAGUGUGUCGAAGUAGUGAUCUCUCAAUCUUUACUGUUUAAAGUUUCUUAAUGGGACCCAUGCAACAUUGUCUAUCAUUGCUGUUUACAUGGAUUAAAAUUUUUGUCUGCCCGUUGUUGGUUUUGUUCUCUGAACAAGUGCAUUACUAAAAAGCAUCCAAGAAAGAUCACAAUGAUGUAACACAUGUCCAGAAUGUUAUGAAAAUGUGAAACUCUUUUUUUUCUGUCUCAGUCUUAUAUGUGAAAGUUAUUGUGCUAAGACAAUGUGUUUGAUAAUCAAAUAUAUUGUCUAGAGUUCAGUUUGCAGUCAAGUGUUGGAGAAUCACAGCAUUUGUGCAGCUGGACCUUUAAGGUUCUCAAAUGAGUUGGACUUAAGAAAGUUGUUUUUUAUUUUAUUUUAAUGUAACCCCACAGCACACAACUAUUGUUACUUUUAAGCUACAUGUUGUGUUAAAGUAAAAAUAUGACCAACCAAUCAAAAGGCAAUUUAAUAUAUUCAUUCAGAUAUGUUCACUGAUAUGUAGUAUUUAUUAAAUAAUUUAUUGUAACUGUCAUCCAUUCACA